AUGGACUCUUUGAAUUCAACAAUCGAAGAAAUAGAGCUCGUAAGCAAAGAAAGUACUGAAAUGUGCCCAAUUUGUUACUGGGAUAAACAAAAUAACACAACAAUUCCUUACUGUGGGCAUUCUUUUUGUGUAGACUGCAUGAAAUUGUACCUCAUGCACUCAAUCUCGGAAUCAAAAGUAAGAAAUCUUAAAUGUCCGAUCUGCACAAACCCCCUCAGUCGAAAAUAUUUAUCAGAAAUUCUAGAUAAAUCAUGGAUACAGAAAUAUGACCGUUUUUUAUUGAGAGAAGAGCUCAAUAUGAACCCUUUUGUAAGAUUUUGUCCAAAGGUAGGAUGUAAUGGAUAUGACACUGGGAGCUCGAAUAAGAGCAAAUUAAAAUGCAACGAGUGCGGGCAUCUAUAUUGCUUCUUCUGCCUUGAUUCCUGGCACGGCUGGAAAAGAUGCCACAAAAAUGACGAUAUACAGUUCGAAGAAUGGGUAAAAGCAAAUAAUGUGAAGUUUUGUCCUAAGUGCAAGAGGAUGGUCGAAAAGCGAGGUGGGUGUUCACAUAUGAACUGUGUAUGCGGGACAACCUGAUGCUGGAUCUGUGGAAGUAACAAGCUUGAUCCGAACCACAGCUUCUAUUGCUUGCUUGGAAAAGAUAUAUGGAACGUAAACUGGUUUAUUAUACUAUGCUUGAUAUUUGGGCCUUUCUUAUUCCCAUUUUCUCCUUUUAUUGCUUUGGUAAUCGCAAAGGACUAUAUAAAUGAGCUGGAGUCUGAAUUGUGAAUAUUUGAGUAUAAAAAAUAUUUCUACCCUCUGCUGUUUUUAUUGUCGCCGAUAAUUUUAAUUGUCUUGAUGUUUAUAGUUACAGGGCACUAUUUAUUGCAAUGGUUCAGAAUUCUAGAGCACAACCCAAUUCUUGUAGGAGUCCUAUUGGUAUUUAUAAUCCCAGUAAUCCUGCUUAUUGACGCUAUUUUUGUUCUAUUUGCUGCAUUAUUACUAUAUAUUGCUGUAAUCACAGGCAUUGCUUUAUUUUUUGUCAAAAUUUAUGGGCAAUUUACAGGGAAAACAAUCAAAGAGGAGAAUUUCUACCCAAAAGUGUUUAUUUAA